UUUUGUAGCACCAUUGGUCCCAUCUUGGUUUGAGAGUGAAGAGAGAGCUAAGCGAAACGUCCAUAUUACCGCUGCUUUGUCAGGUAGUAAAUUCGGUGAUGGACCCUCCUGGUGGGGGAGACGAAAGACGGAGACAGGCAGAGCGUCUUCGAAGGGAGGAGGCGUACUAUAACUUCAUUAAUGAAUUGAGUGAAGAGGAGUAUCGCCUGAUGAGAGACAGCAACCUGCUUGGAACCCCUGGGGAGGUGACUGCGGAGGAGCUCAGGCAGCGUCUUGAUGGUGCAAAGGAACGUAUGUCAUCUCAACCCCGUUCUGAGCAGCGCACACAGACAACUGAUUCAGGAGAGCAGCAGGGCAGCAGUGCCGAGGGAGAGGAGCGAGGGGCUGCAGCAAGACGAGGGGCAGGGGGCACAGAGCCCGGAGCAGAAGCCUCAAAUGGUGAUUCAUUACUAGAGUGGCUGAACACUUUCAGACGCACCGGUAAUGCUACUCGCAGCGGGCAAAGCGGCAACCAGACAUGGCGUGCCGUCAGCCGGACCAACCCUAACAGUGGAGAAUUCCGCUUUAGCCUCGAAAUUAACAUCAACCAUGAUCAGCCGGAGCCAGGCGAGCAUAAUGAAACUGCAGAUGCUUCAGAGCUGCCGGUGCCUGGCCCUAACGCAACUUCACCUUCAAUACGCACAUCUUCUUCUUUUUCCACCCCUCGUCCUUCAACCACGCCGAGACCAGCUCCGUACCCGACCCCACGUCCAGCCCUCAGUAGGAGGAUGCAGACACGGCGCACACGCAGCAGCAAUACCACUCUUUCAAUUAACCCCCCUGCACUUCCUGGGCCAGUUGCCUCCCCUACUGCUGCUCAGAGGAGGGUUGGCACUUUGCACUCUUUAGCACCACCUCUCACUGUUCCAGACCCUCCCGUUGAUCAAAUUAGAGCUUUACAUCAAGCCCAGAAUGCCGAAGUAGAACAGGGUAAUGAAGAAACUUCUGCCUCUAUAGACUGUCCCCGUGUGUCACCCCAGUCUGGGUCUCAGGCCCCAGCAAUGGGCCACGAAUCACGUGGCAGUAGGACUCGAUCACGUGGACGUGCACGCAGGGCUACAGCUGGGAGUGGGGUUUCAUCCCGGUUGUCAAGGCGGAGCCGUUCCCCAUUACAUAGAAUACCCCUUGCCAGUACCGCUCCACCAUCAAGCAGUGGUAUCAGUGGCUCUAGCAUUAACACUGUUGAGCCAAGCAGUGGCACAAGUUCUGUUUCCAUAGAAACAGGGGAGACUGUGGCAGCUGCAGCUCUAACAGAGCCAGUUGUAGAGACAGGAGAACGCGAGAGUGAAUCGCAUGUAGUUGGAGCAGGAAGUUCAGGGGUGCGCCGGCACCCAACCAUUAUGUUGGACCUGCAGGUGAGAAGGAUUCGACCAGGUGAAAACCGUGAUCGGGACAGCAUUGCCAGCAGAACGCGUUCUCGUGCUCGUGUUGCUGAAAAUACUGUCACAUUUGAAAGUGACAGUGGUGGAUUUAGACGCACUAUUUCCCGUUCUGAGCGAGCCGGGAUCCGCACCUACGUGAGCACUAUCCGUAUUCCUCUAAGGCGCAUCAGUGAGACAGGCCUGGGGGAGCCCAACUCCACUGCCCUGCGUUCCAUCUUGCGCCAGAUAAUGACGGGAUUCGGUGAGCUGAGCUCCCUAAUGGAGACAGAAGCUGAUUCUGAAACAGUUUCACCUACCCAUACAGAUGCUAGUGGAAUAAAUAGUAACACCAACCCAGCCAGUCGUCUACAUACAAAUGAGAGCCCAGCUAGCCAGGUCGGCACUGGCGGGGUAGUUCAGGACAGGGUGGGGCUGGUGGCAAGUGAGGAGGACCAGAGUGAGCAGGCCAGGCUUGGAGGAGGGGUGGUGAGCAACGCUGAGGGUCGGACCACCAGCAGAGAUACCAACAACCUUGUAGAGAAUGGUACUCUGCCCAUCCUGCGGUUGGCGCACUUUUUCUUGCUUAAUGAUGAGGAGGAUGAUGAACACCCUAGGGGCCUGACCAAAGAGCAGAUUGACAAUCUAUCCACUCGUACCUAUGGUCAGGCCAUCCUGGAGGGGGAGAUGGGUCGUGCGUGCAGCGUCUGUAUCAACGAGUAUGCCCAAGGCAACAAGUUGCGCCGCCUGCCGUGCUCUCAUGAGUUUCACAUCCACUGCAUCGACCGCUGGCUCUCUGAAAACAACACUUGCCCUAUCUGUAGACAGCCCAUACUGGCUGUGCAUCAUGACUGAGCUAUUUACUCAAAAAAUACAACUAUCAUGUACCUGGCUGGCUGAAAUGAGCAGACCCAAGUGGGAUUUGCAUGUACAUAGCGCUUUCAUGGUUUAAUUUCUUUGUAAGUAUCCAUAGUGUUGAAGUUGAAGAAGGUUGAACCAAAAGUGAGGAAAAAAAAGAAACUAUAAAUGCAGAGAAUUAACCAAACUUUAUUUUUUUAGACUCUUUGUUUUCAGCAAGUUAAUGUUUUAUUUCUUCCUGAAUUCUAUUUCACUGGCCUCUGUCACAAAGCUUCAGAGGCCAUUGACAAUGAAUGGCAUUAAUGCUUAAGGAGCUCCGGUAGCCGCUGCUGACUCGUCUCACAUUAACGCUUGGAUGUCCAUAGAUGUGACAUCUCUUUGUCACAGUUGGACUACAAAAAUCCCAUUUAGACUUGAUUUAUUAUGCCUAAACUGUAAAUAAAUCACCACUGCUUGUAACUAAGGGUUUGGAAGUCAGACGCUCCUCCAAUGCAAUUUGUUUCGAAAAUGAAGCAGGAAACUUUCAGUUUUUUUUUAUUCAUUUUUAGAGCUUCAACAUCAUUUUAAAGUGUCCCUUUAAAGUUGGAAAAGAAAUGUUUGAUUUCAUGGUAUGAGCUACCUUUUUAUUUUGAAGAAACUUUUAUUCUGUAUGUUUAUUGUUUAUCAAGCCCUCAUCAUACACAUGUCGUAUUUUAUUGCAAUACAGAAUUAUCCAUGAAAGUCAUCAACUUAAAAACCAGCCACUUUAGAUCAUUUCCCAUAUGAGCUGCACAAUUCAAACGAAAUGCUGAAGGCAUUGUAUAAUCAGGAAUUCAGAGUUGUAGUUUAGAAUGAGCUGUGCAAUACAGAGAGAAGACAGUAUUGUUUGUUUAUUGUUGUUUACAUUGUAAUGCCUGAUUGUCAUCUCCACUUUAAAAAAAUGAAGCUUUGUCUACCCUAAAAUCAAUGUUUCUUCUUGGUUCCUGUUGCUUUUUCUGAUCCAUACUAACCAGACACCCUGGGAUCUCUGUCACCAAGUAAUAAUUAAGUUAGCCAAGCAAAUACCUGGAACUUGGGGUUCAAUUUUUAUUUAGAGUUUAUGCAGUUUCCAGCUGACCCUGAAAUCCUUAAUGUGAUAUUAGCUUAAAAAUCCUGAUGUUUAGGCAUCUGCUGCAGCUAUUUUCUUUGAAUAAGAAUCUUUUUACUAUACAUUUCUUUCUUAUUCAGUCUGUAAGUGCAAUGAUCGCAGUCUAUUUCAGAUCCAGUUCUGAACGAGGCAGUGUUAGUUAUAUUAUAUUCAUGUAUGCUCUUUUGGGUUGUUUUUACAUAACAUGCACAGGUAUUGGCAUUUUUAGUGUAGAAUAGGUGGAUUAUUUAACUCAAACACAGUCGGUGAAUUGCUGACAAGGUCACUUUGUGCAUCAACAACAGUAAAAGGAGCUACAACAUUUCUGCAGAAAACAUGUCACGAAUACAACUGCAGGACUAAUGCAGUCACAUGCGUCAGAAUGUGUGAGAGUGGGGUAAGUGUUUUUUGGGUUAAUUGUGUGUGCAUGUGAGUUUGUGAGGGAGCUAAAGGAAAGGCCCAGUGUCCCAAAACCUGGUUUUCAGAAAGCUUGUGUUUAGCUAAUGUCCACCUCUGAGACCCUAAGAGGGCUGUGGCCACUCAGUUCAGAAGUGAAUAUUUAUUCUGUUCAUAUUUAAUAAGAUGGAAAUCAACUUUUGAAAUAUGAAUAUGUAUCAUGUUACAAUGUGAUGAGAGUAAAUGAAACAGUUGAGAUAAAUAUGUUACUAUGUAAUAAAGUGAAGACAUUGGUUUUCUUCUCUGCUCCCUAACAAUGGAAUAAAAAUGCAGCUUUGUUAUGCCUGGA